AUGGAUAACCAAAAUGUUUACCGCAACACUCAAAGAAAACAUAAAAAAAUGAAAAAUGAAACAUCUGAGCAACACGAAGUACAACGACUUCGAGAUCGCGAAAGAAAGUGCAAAAAAAGAGCUGUAGAAAUGCCCGAGGAACAAGCAACGCAUCUCACAAGCAUUCGCAAUCGUUACCAAAAACGUCGAAAACAAGUAACUGAAAGUGGUAAGAAUGAUGGUGAGAAUGAUAUGAAUAAUGGCAUGAAUGUAAAUGAUGAUGCGAAUGAUGGUGUUAACGAUAAUAUAAAUGAUGAUAUGAAUGAUGAUAUGAAUGAUAUGAAUAAUGGUAUGAAUAGUGCGAAUAUUGUAAUUGAUAGUGUGAAUGAUAGUGUAAAUGGUGUUAAUGGUAGUAUGAAUAAUAGUAGUGAACAAAUGAGACAAGAGAGUUGA